AUGGCGUUUACGCCCCGAUCAUUCCGCCAGUUCCCGCUGCGGGUUGCAGGUUUGCCGGUGGAGUUCGUGCCACACCACAAGUACCUGGGCAUUACAGUCGACUGGGGCCUCACCUGGUCCAAACAUAUCAAAGCUCUCUCCUCACAGCUAUCUGUCCUCGUCAGUGUCCUGAGACGGAUCUCUGGAACGUCAUGGGGCCCUACCUGCCACACCUCCCUGGUGACCGGAACCCUGAGGUACAGCCUCCCAGUCCUCCACGCCGUAAGCAAAGCCAAUGAACGCGAGCUCCUCAACAUCCAGGCCCGCUGCCUGCGCGUCUGCCUGGGUGUUCCCAAAACGUCAGAGACAUACCUGGUCCUAGCAGAGGGCAAGGAGUCUCCAGCACACAUUCUGCGCGACCUGGAAACCCUUCGCGCCUGCUCACGAUACCUUACUCGUCAUCCCGCCCACCACUUGCGGGAAAUCGACCAUGACUGCCCUGCGUCGGCAUUCGGUGCCACUGUCCGGCGACUGAAGGUGUCGGUCCCAUCAACUGCGUCUACUUCGCCUUACACCCCACAAAUGUGGUCGAUGGUCACACCCACUGUGUACAAACAUAUCCCUGGCAUCACGAGCAGAAACGACCAUUCCCCGCCUGUCCUGUGCUACCUCGUGCUGGAGCACCUGGACGCCCUACACAGCCAGCGACUGCAAAUAUAUACCGACGGCUCGGUCUCCGUGGGCGUCUCCACAGCAGCACUGUUCCUCCCUUCCGAAAACAUCGAACAAGCCUUCAAGCUUCCCCACGAAACGUCGUCCACCGAAGCGGAGCUUGUAGCCAUCCACGAAGCACUGAAGCUUGUAUCCUCUCGGCCACCUGGAAGCUGGACAGUCCUCACAGACAGCAAAACGGCGCUGGGGGCUGGAGGAGGUCUUCGCCUCGCUCGCAAGUUGUUUCUGACAUCCGCUCACUGA